AUGUCCGGGCUGCACAUGUGGGCCCCACGGUUCCUGUUCCUAUGGCAGCUGUUGUGGCUGCAGGUCCAGGCAGCUCCGAUUCCGGAGGUGGCCAUGGACUCUAUACUGCUGACCUCCAUGCCCCUGGGGCCCACCAAGCCCUGGUCUUGGGAUCAGCAAAAUCCUGCACACCUUGAACUUUCUUCUGUCAACCAUGAAGUCUCAGCUGUACUUGCAGAGGCCCCUGAGGAAACGGAACCUUCUCCAAACUCUCAGGAGGCUUUAGUUCAGCUUCCACGCCAACAAGAAGCUGCAACUCAGCCUGCAGUGUCCUCUGAGCUGUUGAAAUUUUUGUUGGACCACCACGGAGAUCAAGAUAAACAGCAACCCUAUGGAAGCGCCGGUUCAGGCUCCUGGCCAACCUUUCUAGCUGUGGACCUGGAGCUCACCAUCACUCCAGAGUCUACGGUGGAGACUGGUGCUACAGCCCUGCAACAGACUACAGCUCCUGCAAAGCACCCUGAGGUGACACUCCCACCGCCAGACACUGUUCAGGCGCAUCAGCCAACCUUUCCACCUUUGGACCUGGAGAUCACCAUCACUCCAGAACCGACUUUGGAGGCUGAUGUUACAGCCCUGCAGCAGACUACAGCUCCUGCAAAGCACCCUGAGGUGACACUUGAACAUCCAGAACUUCAGCCAACAGAGUCAUCAGAGACAGUUCCUCCAAUGACUGAACAGAGUGCCACCAUGAACAUCUGUGAGCUCUGUUCCUGCAGUAAUGGGACACUGUCAUGUAUUGGUUUUGGCUCAAAGCAGAGGCUCAACAGAGUGCCAGUACCAGAGCCCAGCACCUAUAAUGGCACCUUCACCAUCUUAAACUUGCAAGGAAACGCCAUCUCUUACAUUGGUAAAGAUACGUGGAAGUCAUACCAUUUGGUUGAGAAACUAAAUCUCAGUGCAAAUAAUUUGAGAGAAUUACGUAAAGAUUCAUUUGAAGGCCUGGCUUCCCUCCAGUAUUU